AUGGAGGCGGCGGUGGUGAGCGCUCUGAUGACCAACAUCGUGGCAAAGCUCUUGGUGGUGCUGGAUAAGAUAUCCGAGCAGUUGAGUGGCCUCGCCGGUGAUAUCAAACACAUGCAAAGUGAGCUGAGCAUGAUUGCCGGUGACAUGGAGGAUCAUCUCUCGCAGAAGGCGCAGCCUAGCGACGUCCAGGACGCAUUCAUCACCCGGAUGCGUGAUCUGGCAUUUGACAUUGAAGAUUGCCUAGACCAGUUCCUCCCUUGUGGUGCCUGCGACGGAGAACCGAUGUCAAUCGGCGAUCAAGUGGACUUCUCCAAGGAGAUUCAGAAGCUGAAGAAGCAGUUGGAGGACGCACAUCAGCAGAAAACCAAUUACGGUGUCAAGAUCGGAAGCCAGCAGCAAGCCGCCGCCGGCCAAUUAUUGUUCCUAGCUGAUGAUGAUGCGAGCGCAUUCGAGGACCAUCAUCAUCAUGUUGGCAUCGAGAAACCCAAGCAGGAGCUUCUGGAAUUGCUAGAUGGCGAGAGCGAGAAGAUGAUAGUGAUAUCCAUCGUCGGGUUUGGCGGCUCGGGGAAGACGGCACUCGCGAAGGCAGUGUAUCACUGCCCUCAAGUUCGCCGGAAAUUCCUUCACCGUGCCUGGGCUGUGGCUUCCAAGCACAAAGACGACGCCAAGCAGGGGAUCUUGAGGGCGAUAGUGCAACAGCUUCUUCCAAGCGUAGCACCAGACGAGAUACGAACAAAACAAGCCGCCCAGCUUCAGGAACUUCUCAGAGAGCGUCUUGGAAUCGCAAGAACCAGGUGUUUAAUUGUAAUUGAUGACAUCGAGAAGCUUCUGUGGGAGGCACUAAAGCCCAUCUUUUGUGCAGUGAAGUCGAUCACACUUCUAGUGACCACCAACGUGCAGUCAGUAGCAAAUGCAUGCAGCUCGGGUGACGGUUAUGUUUACAAUAUGAGAAAUCUUGGCAAAGAAGAAUCCAAGACAUUGCUGAAGAAUAAAGUUUCAUUCUUCCGGGCAUCUUCACCUGACUCGGAGGAUGGUUCAGAUGCCAUCGUUCGCAAAUGCUUAGGCCAUCCACUUGCUCUCGUCAGUGUGGCCAACCAUUUGCUAGACGAGAAGGAGCUCACAGGACAGUUCUGCCAAGAUACUUGCAGGCGCCUAGGUAUUCAUAUGGACGAGAACAAGAACGACAACUUCACAAAGCUCCGACAAGUUCUUAUGACCAAUUACAGUAGUCUACCAGCAGGCAGUUCUCUCAAGACAUGUUUGCUGUACACAAGUUUAUUCCCAGAUGGUCGUCCCGUCAGCAGGAAGACCCUUACAAGGCGAUGGUUGGCUGAAGGAUACAUAGAGGGUCGGCUGCAACACAGUGACCUGGAGGUCGCCGAAGAAAACUUGAAGAAACUUACUGACCGGAAUAUCAUUCUGCCUGUUGAUUCAAGCAACAAUGGAAAAGCCAAGACAUGCAAACCUCACGGCAUCAUGCACCAUUUCAUGCUGCACAGGUCCAUGUCUUCAAAUUUCAUUGCUAAAUCUUUUGGUGCCAAGAACCAAAGUAAUUAUCGUCAUCUCGUCAUCGAGAACCAUACAAAUGGCACAGCUUCCAGCAAUGAUCAUCAUGGUGCUUCAAGUAGCCACGGCCACCUGAACAAAAUUUGUACCCAUGUGAAGAAAAAUCUGGACAAUACAGGAUCAGCCAAUAAGAUGCGGCCCCGGUCAAUAACAGUCUUUGGGAGCGCAGGAGAAGCUGUUCAUUCGAAUCUGACCGGCUGCAAGUUGCUGAGGGUGUUGGAUCUAAAAGAUUGCAAUGAUUUCGGGGACGCACAUGUAGACAACAUAUACAAGCUGUUGCACCUCAAAUAUCUGACCCUUGGAAGCUCUGUGAGCAAUCUCCCAGUUAAAAUGAAGAAGCUACAUUGUUUAGAGACACUCGACUUGAGGAAGACGAAGAUAGAAACACUUCCCCUGGAAAUCAUCAGUCUGCCCCACUUGGCACACCUUUUUGGGAAGAUUAAACUGAAGAGGGUAAGUGCCAAGAAUCGUAAGAACUUCAACUUGCAGACUCUAGCAGGAGUUGUUGUAGACAGCAACUCUGGAUUCCCGGAACUGAUGGUUCAUAUGAAAAAACUGACAAAGGUCAAGAUAUGGUGCGAGAUCACUAGCACAGAUAGCAAUCACGCCAUGCUCUCAGAGGCCAUUCACAAGUUUGCUCAGGCUGGCACAGAUAUUUCAGUAGGCCCCCGUUCUCUAUCGCUCCAUCUGAAUAAUUCUUCCAAAGAUUUGCUUCAUCAAGGCGACAGCAGCAAUGCAACAUCAAGCACGCCUGGUUAUCUCAGCUCACUGAAACUGCAAGGUGGCCUGAGUCAGUUCCCCCAGUUUGUCAUGUCCCUCCGUGGUCUGAAAGAGUUGUGCCUGACAUAUACUAAUAUGACGGUGGCCGAUCUUCUACCAGGUCUGCGUAAGCUACCGCGCUUGGUUUGUCUGAAACUGGUGGAGGUCGGUCUCGCUGAUUUGGACAUAAAAGAUAAGGAUUUGCCAAGCCUGCAACGCCUAUGCAUUGUGGUGGAAAACCCCAAAUUCCCCACAAUUAAAGAUGGAGCUUUGCCGCGUCUUGUUUCACUCCAGUUGCUUUGUGAACAUCUAGUGGGUCUUUGUGGUGUCAUAAAAGUGGAAGGGUUUGAAGCUCUUCAGGAAAUCGCUCUCGAUUCUAUGGUCAAUCAACCAACCAUACAGCUGUGGGAAAAUGAAGCGAAGAAGCACCCCAAGAGGCCAAGGGUUUGUUUGCUCAAAAGGGUCGUUGUUCCAGCCGAAACUAGUAGGCCUUCAGUGAAAUAUGUUGCCUUGUGCCAAGACGACAGCAAUUGCUACACCGACACCUGCACUAUCGAUCACAUGGAAAUUGACCUCGAGGACCCUACUCUGCAGCAUAAUUCCUAA